GAGGACGAGAGGAGCUGGGGAGCUGUGAGUGCCACCUGGGGCUGUCCGCUUAAGGCGUGGGGGACUCAGAGUACAAACUGUUGGGAAGCGUAGGGUGGCCUCUUCUUAACCCUGGGGACUCAAACUCCUGCAUUCUUCCACUAGACCUGGAAACAGGGGAAACAAAACUAACUUCAGCUUCACCUUCCUCACUGAUCCAGCAUGGGGGAGAAGUCAGAAAACUGUAGGGUUCCAGAGGAUCUUUUCAAUGGUUUGAAAGUUACAGAUCCCCAGGAAGCAGAGUGUGCUAGCCCUCCAGUUUCUAAUACCAAAGAUCACCAUUUCCAGAGCAAGUUGCUCAAGGAUGUUGAAGCCCAUCCCCAGGAGGACCAGGGAGAAGAGGAGUGUUUUCAUGACCCUAGCACCUCAUUUGAAAAGGAGGAGCCAGGAGUGGACAGGGUUGAGAACAAACCUGAUGAUAAUGUGAAUUCCUCUGAACUAGAUGAAGAAUACCUAAUAGAACUGGAAAAAAACAUGCCAGAUGAAGAGAAACAGAAGAGAAGAGAAGAGAGCACUAGACUAAAGGAGGAGGGGAACGCGCAGUUUAAGAAAGGAGAUUAUAUAGAAGCUGAGAGUUCUUACAGUCAGGCCCUUCAGAUGUGCCCAUCCUGCUUCCAGAAAGACAGGUCUAUUCUGUUUUCAAAUAGAGCCGCUGCAAGGAUGAAACAGGACAAGAAAGAGAUGGCCAUCAGUGACUGCAACAAAGCUAUUCAGUUAAACCCCAGCUAUAUCAGGGCAAUAUUGAGGAGAGCGGAGUUGUAUGAGAAGACUGAUAAGCUAGAUGAAGCCCUGGAGGACUAUAAAUCCAUAUUAGAAAAAGAUCCAUCAAUACAUCAAGCAAGAGAAGCUUGCAUGAGAUUACCUAAGCAGAUUGAAGAACGUAAUGAAAAGCUAAAGGCAGAGAUGUUAGGUAAACUUAAAGAUCUUGGGAACUUGGUUCUUCGACCUUUUGGACUCUCCACCGAAAAUUUCCAGAUCAAACAGGAUUCCUCUACUGGUUCCUACUCCAUCAAUUUUGUUCAAAAUCCAAAUAAUAACAGAUAACAAAGUUUACAGUAGCUUUUGAAGCUGGCUUGGAGAUUGUAUGCUGCUCGCUGUUAACAAGGGGGAAGGCCCUGCCAAUAUUUAACUUUCAAAAGCAUCUUAUCUCAAAGACAGGCUAUCUACUAGGGCCCAGUGCUCCCUUCUCCCUCUUGUUUUAUGAUCCAGGUCAAAUGCACUUCUGAUGUAAUAAGCCUAAUUUGAUUUCCGUUUUAAGGUGGUGUCUAUGCAUCUGUUACCCUUGAUUCUGGCUGACCUUUGCUUUGUCCGGGCAGAAGCCUGCUUGUCAAAGCUGACCUCCCUGAGCUAUACACACAAGCCCAGCCAAAGUGUCUCCUGGCCCAAGCCAGGUUCAGAGACUACCCAGACAUGAUUCAUGAGGCUCCCGCCUGCUGCCCCCUCUCCCUGAUUACUCACAUUGCUCAGGCCGCCGGGCAUGGGCUCCAGCGUCUCCUGGUUUCCUCUGUGGUAAUAAACGCUUUCUUUGACGGUC